AGGUUAAAUGGAUGUCGAUGACUAUAUCUCUAUACAAGAAGAAAUCCGAGUUUUGGGGACUCUCCAAAUCAACAUCGGCAUAUUUCACCUUCUCUUGGGCAGCCUGUGUUCCUUUAUCAAAAUGAUCCAAUAUCCCGAGUCUCCUACAAAUUACAAAACUUUUAUUUUGAAUUUAAAAUAUCCAUUAAUUGCAGCGCCUAUUAACAUCAUUUCGGGAAUCUUUGCCAUAGUUACCGAAAGGAAGCGCCGGCUUUCCCUGGCAAAGAUGACGGUGGGACUUAACAUCGUCGGCAUCGUUUUUUCCCUCUACGGGCUGAUAACAUUAAUGAUCGAGUUUCUUAGUUAUCAGUCUGAGGUUUUGCAGUACAGUUGGCCUGACAGAGCUAUUAAAUUACUUUCCAAUUAUCUGUUCUUCUACACUGUCGUGUAUACAGUCAUCUCAUGGGUCAUCCUCAGAUGGAACCACAAAGCCAUGUAUCGCCCUCCUUUUUGAACAAAUGUCUCCUUCCUCUCUGCAAACCCAGCUCCCAGGUGUCCAGGUUGGAUCCAAAUCCAGAAAGGACAAUAAAGAUGUCACUGAAGACUCAGCUUGGAAGAAGGAAGGCGUCCUUCUGGGACGGGGUGCAUGGCCUCCCAAUCCAGGGCUACUCUGCACUUCCCACUGCACAGACAAAAUCGCAAGCACCUUGCUCCAAGACUCGUUGACAAGGGCAGGCAGGUGACUCACAGCUCAUUGUAAAUACCCAGCCCCCAUUUAAAAGCAAAGAAAACCAUUGAGAAUCCGCAAUAAAGAAUGACUGGAAAGCCGAGAAUGGGCAAGCAUUUGAAAACGUGCACAGUGUUUUCUAAUUUUUCCCCCCUGUUUCUUAA